AUUGGCCCGCCAGCCAAAUACUACAUUACCUUGACUAAAAGGCGGGGAAUAUAGAGAAAAAAAAUUCCUUGAGAGGGGCAACAAUAAAUCCACUAUAAUCCUCUUGCAUACUAACUGAUCGAUCCUCUCACAAAUACAAUCGCAACAAUGGGUCUAGACGGCGUACCUCAAGCCCAAGCCGUAACAGUGAGUCUCAAAGACCUCAUCAACGGUACUGUCUCUUUCGAAGCCCUCACCGAAGCCUUCGGCCCGUCCUCCCUAGGAAUAAUCGUCGUAAAAGACCUCGACCCCGAAUUCCAACGUCUACGCACCCAAGUCCUCUCCAACGCAUCCUACCUUGCAGCCCUCCCCAACGAUGAACUAGAAACCCUAACCAGCCCAUCGGCAAAAUACCUCGUAGGCUGGUCCUGCGGCAAAGAAACCCUCCGGUCCGGCCACUUCGACACCCUCAAGGGCUCCUACUACGUCAACUGCGCAUUCUACCAAGACCCAACCCUCCAAGGUGCCCCCGCCGUCAACUUCCCCGAUCUAUCCGAGUACACGGCCCCGAACAUCUGGCCGCCGGCGGACCGACUGCCCACGUUCCGGCCCGCGCUGGAACAGCUCUGCACGCUUAUUAUUGACACUGCGGCGCUGGUGGCGAGGGCGUGUGAUCGGUACGCGACGGCGAAUAUUGACGGGUAUAAGAGUGGGUACUUGGAGCAUGUGGUGAGGACGAGUUUGACGACGAAGGCGAGGUUGUUGCAUUAUUUCCCUGCGGAGGGGGGAGGAGAUUCGGAGACUGGGGAUGGCGAUGGCGAUGGCGAUGAUGAUUGGUGUGCGACACAUUUGGAUCAUGGGUGUUUGACGGGGUUGACUUCUGCUAUGUUUGUGGAUGAGGUUGCUAGUCCUCCUGGGGAGGGAGGGGAGCUUGUUGAGUUGGGGGCUUCGCCAGAUCCGAAGGCUGGGCUUUAUAUUCAGUCGCGGACUGGAGAGGUGGUGAAGGUUAAUAUCCCCCGGGAUUGUUUGGCUUUUCAGACCGGGGAGGCGUUGCAGCUUAUUACGAGGGGGAAGUUUAGGGCUGUGCCGCAUUUUGUUAAGGGGGCGAAGCCUUCUGCGGGGAAGAGGAUUGCGAGAAAUACGUUGGCGGUGUUUACGCAGCCGAAUUUGGAGGAGGAGGUGGAGAGUGGGAAGAGUUUUGGGGAGUUUGCGAGGGAGGUGGUGGCGAGGACUUAUUAGGGUGGUGUUGAGAUGAGAUGUUGAUUAUCAUGACUGGGAUGUAUAUAGUUAUUGAGUUUCACAUAUUAAGGUU